GUUACGGCUUGUCACGUGUGUAUUGAAAAUUUGAUUAUUGCCAAAUCAAAUUUUCGAAAUUACAUCAAUCAUGGAUCUUCAAGAUGUUGAAAAGGAUUUUAAUCCAUCGAUUCCGCCUGUUCAUUAUGAAUAUCUUGAUCAUACUGCCGAUGUUCAAAUCCAUGCCUGGGGUAAAGAUUUGAAAGAAGCAUUCGAACAAUGUGCAAUGGGUGUUUUUGGUUAUAUAACCGAUUUGAAAACGGUUUCAAUUGAAAAAUAUGCCGAUGUUGAAGCUAGUGGUGGUGAUGAUGAAAGCAGUAUGUUGUUUCGUUUUCUUGACGAUGUAUUGUUCCUAUUCAAUGCUGAGCCAUUUCUUAUACCCAAGAAAGUUGAAAUCUUGGAAAUGAAUUGGCAAGAUUUUCGUAUUAAAGCACGAUGUUAUGGUGAAGUAUUCAACCUCGAUAAACAUCCACAAGGUACCGAAGUGAAAGCAAUCACUUAUUCAAAUAUGCAGAUCCAUAAAAAAGAUGAUCGUGUCGAUGUCUAUGUUAUAAUUGAUAUCUAAAAAAUUUAUUUCUGAAUUUUACAAUCAUGUCAUUUUUUACCAUUAAAUAUUAUACGACCUAUAUGAUAAUCAA